AUGCAACGCUUAUCCUAUCGCUCUACGGUCCUCGCCUCCGAAAACUCGACCAGAGACAUGCACAAAGCCGUCGAAGCCUCACCACGUCCCAAAUAUGUCUCGUACUCGGAUCGACGAAAGUAUCCUGAACAUCAGCCUCCUCCACCUCCACCAUCUCCCGUGCAUUGGAAUCGCGACAAACAAGACCGAUGA